UACAUUCUCCAGUUUGCCUUCUGCCCGUCCGCUGGCCACAAGUGUUCCGUCGCUGUUUCGCGCGUGCUGUCGUGCCAUCGUUCCGCGCACGGCUCACCGCCUCCACCGCCUCUCUGUGCCAAUUACAUUAUUAUUAUUGUUGUAUACUGGCCGAACGUGUAGUGCAGUGAGCGCGAUUGUGUGUAAUUGAUUCUUAUAAUCUGUCCCAGUCAGUAGUUCCGCGUGCGAGUGUGUGCUUGUGUGCCGCCCACUUAGUGAUUGAAUAUUUGAUUAAUUAAUCGGUACUGAUUGGAUAAUUAAACGUCGAAUAUUUUAUUGAAACUAGUGUUGGACUUUUUUUUUUUUUUUUGACAAAAAAGACAAUAUUUUUUUGUUUCAAGUGUUGAUUUUUUUUUUUUGUUGUGUAUUUCGUACGCACACUUUUUAAUUAAAUCGUUUGUGGUCCGCUGAACGUGGUGCAGUACCUAUCAAUUGAAAGCGCAUACAUGGUGCCAGGCACCCGUCAUAUUAUUGGAUUACUUGUAUUGGAACAUCGUCCUAAUAUUAUUAUCGAAUGAUAUGCUAAUUGUACAACAUCGACUACGGUUGUUGAAAUGAGACCUGUCGAGUCAAGUGAAAACAUUACCAUUAUGGAUGAAAUCGAUGAGCUUUUGGGCACUCGGAGAAGUUAUGGAUGGAACUCCGGUUCUAGGCCGUCCAUGAUAAGCGCCAAGUACCGCAUGAAAGAAGAAAGGCGAAAGGUGCUCAAGAUAUCGGUCAACAAGAUGAAAAAGAUCGACGAUGCCGAAAGCUCGUUGUGCCGGUCCGUGUUGAUCAAUAAUACGGUUAAACGGUUACAGGCGGAAACUAGAGACGACCGAACGGCCGGCCGAACGUCGCCCGCUUCGCCUCCAUCUCCCACCUCCUACGGUUACCAUUCGCCACAGCAACAACCCUGUGGUAACGUUAAUAUCAACAACAACAACAACAACAACAACCCGCAACUGGUGGACAUCACUAACUUGCGGGAAUCACCUGUUGGCGGCAAGAUAAACGCCACCAACAAACCCGACACCGUCUUGGACGUUACGUCUACGACGACCACCUCGUCUACCGGUUUGUCGUACGAUUACGACGACGAUACCAUCACGUCCAUUAUGAUGCAGUUACCGUCGGCCGCCGCCUCGUCGCAAACGCCCAAACGGAAACGGUCCGUAGACGAACCGUUAGACGAUCUAUUGUCGCAGUUUAUCAAUAGUAACCAACGCGAAGACGAAGACGUCAACGUGGUCGAUCUAGACCUCCACGAAUUUCCGGCCGCCAAGAGACUGAGAACGGACGAAGCUGCAGCCGCAGCCGCGUCCAACGUCAACACCUCCGCCGAUCUGUGCACGCCCGACUGGCUCAUGGAAACGUGUUGCGAUUCCCUCGACCUGUACGGCGGCCAAGUGCCGGCAGCUGUCGAGCAUCAAGACGUUUUGUUACCAGCUGCAGUGGUUACAGCAGCCGCUGCGGCCGCGGCUGCAGCGGCAGCCAGCAACAGUAGUCAGUGUUCGGUGGAUUGCGGUCAGACGUCACCCGAACCAGACACCGAAGACCAUUUUGGUGGAAGCGGGUCGACGUCGCCCACCAAUCUGUCCUGUGGACAAGCCUCCAUGUUCAGCGAAAUGCAGUCCGCCAUGUUUCGCAACCUGAUUGCGUCCCUGGAAUCAUAGGACCCAAUGGUGGAAAAUUUUUAAAAGAAUACUAUUUUUUUUUUUGUUUUGUUUUUACUCACUUAAUCUCCUAUUGCGACUUUUUCUUUACGAUUUUUUUUUUUUAUUCGUUAAAUACCAUACCCAGUGUAUGAUUCAUAUUAUGUAACUAAAUCUAAAAAAACAGUUUAAAAAACGUGCAAUAAAUGGCCAAUUCGCGUAAAAACACCUUUGUUUUUCGUUCUCUCUGUGCACUUAUUUAUACUAUCAUUAUUGCAGUAUGGUUUUUUUUUUUUUUUUUUUUAAUUUUUCAUCGUAAAGUUGUAAAUAUUUGUAAACAUGUAUGUUAUAUUUUAUGUAACUGUAGAUAAUCAAACAAGGGCUGUGUUAAAUUCAUCCAAUCGGUCUCUCUUUUUGUUUUUUAAUUUUUAAAAUAAAGGGGAAAAAGAGAGCAUUUAAAUGUAAAUGAAUAACAUUAUGUAUAGUAAUUAUUAUUAAACCAACAUAGACAAUAUUUUGAAGUAGAGAAUUUUAUUUAGCAAAAGAACCGAUUGGUAGGCUAUAAUUAUUACUGUGUCUGCUAUUGGUAGUGAUAGUACAAAAAUAAAAAAAUCGUGUUUUUAUUUUCUCUUAACGAUUAUUCACCUUUUAUUCUACUCUGGAGCUAAUUAAAGGAGGGGAAAUUUUGUGUAAUUCUUAACUCGUAGAAAAUACAUUUUCCUAUUAGUAUAACCACAAAAUUAAUUUGUUUAAAAUUAACUUACUUUCUCGUUAAAAUGAAUUUACGCUGCUAGUAGAUAUUUUUAAUUUAGUGCGAUUUUUUUUUUAUGCUAAGGACAGUCUUCCGGACUUUAUUUGACGGUGUGAUAUUUACUAGCGAUUAUUAGUAUAUAUAUAUAUAUAUAUUUAAAAUAAAAAAAAAAACAUAAUAUUGUAUUAUUAUAAGCGCAUGGGCCGGUCUUAAACUUUGCUCCGACAA